UCUAAUCAUAAUAAAAUAAAAAUAAAAAUAAUUUUGUUUUUCAUUUUUUUCUUUUUUUCCAAAAUGGAUUUCAUGGCCAACGACUUGAAGACCAACACCACUAAUUUUCUAAUUAUCCCCAAUCUUUUUGUUUUAAUUAUCAUUGAAUCCUUCUCUUCUUCAUUGCUUUUCUUGUUCUAUUUGUUCAUAUUCUCGAUGAAAUCCAACCGCUCAUCUCGGUUUCGCUUUUCGUUGUUUUUCUCUGAUUUUUCGUAUAAAUAAAUGAGGAUUGUUUUUCGCUCGAUUUGAGAUCUAGGGUUGCAAGAUGGAGGUUGGGGAUGGGGCGGAGGGGAAGAGGCCAUCGGAGGGGUGGAAGAAGACGCCGGAGAGCGCCGGAGAAAAGCCGGUGAAGAGGAUGAUGAAGAGCCCCUACCAAUUGGAGAUUCUUGAGAAGACUUAUGCGGUGGAGACGUACCCGUCGGAAUCCUUGAGGGCGGAGCUGUCAGUGAAGACAGGGCUGACGGAUCGGCAGCUUCAGAUGUGGUUCUGUCACCGGAGGUUGAAGGACCGGAAGUUCCCUCCGGUGAAGAGGUCGCGGAGGGAGGAAACAUCGCCGCCGCCGCCGCCGCCGGCGACGGAGGCGGCGAUGCAGCAGGCGGGCGGUGAUAUGAUGGUGGGCUCGGCCUCUGGGUCAGGGUCAAGUCCUAGCCCUAGCCACUUGGCGGAGCCGAGGAAGGGUGCUGCUGCACGGGCUGCGGGGUCGAGGAUUGGGGCCGAGAUGUCGAGUGCGGUUGGGCGGAAGAGGUACUAUGAGGUGGCGCCGCUGAUUGCUCCUCCUGUUCCGCAGCUGUCAGUGUUGGAGAUGCGGGUGAUUGCUUCUGUGGAGGCACAGCUCGGUGAGAGGUUGAGGGAGGAUGGGCCAAUACUUGGAGUGGAGUUUGAUCCUCUGCCUCCGGGUGCAUUUGGGGCUCCAAUAGAUCCUCAAGAAUCUGAUGCACCAGCAGUUUUAUCUCAUCGGCACCCAGCAACUCAUCAUUUCUUGGAUAGAUUUGAAAAUUCAGGUCAACAAAAGCAGCAUAUUCGGCCAUAUGAUGGAAAAAUAUAUGAAAGGCAUGACACGAAGUCAAUGAAGGCAUCAACUUUCUUGCACAGUGCAGAAUCGUCUUUUAUUCCAAAUUCAUCAAGUGGUAAGAAAAAGUCUGGAAUGGGUGGCACUCAUCUCACGCAUUCUCAUGCUGGUUCAAGGGCUCUUCAGGAGUAUCAAUUUCUCCCAGAGCAACCAAGUGCACGUGCAGAUGAAAGGACCUCUCAGUCUCAUUACUAUGACUCGUCAGCAGAUAUCCAUAGCCGAGCGUCAUCUUUAGCUUCUGGAGGGCAAAGCAUGCGUGGCAAUGAGCAGGUGGCCCCGAGCUAUACUUUUCAAGGACAUAUGUCAAGUUCCAGCCUUCUGUCUCAACAAGGGAGGCAGCAGAUGCUUUCUUCAGGUUCCACAGAGUAUGACAAUCCUCAACACCAUAAUUCUCAUACGAACUCUGCACUUGAUGGCCAAUAUGGUACUCAUCCGGUUGUGGGAAUAGAGAAUUCAUAUUUAACAUCUGAGAGGAGAACUUUCCGUGAUGAUGAUGUUUCUCGGAUGGAGAGGAAACGCAAGAGUGAUGAAGCAAGGAUCGCAAAGGAAGUUGAAGCCCAUGAAAAACGAAUAAGGAAAGAGCUUGAGAAACAAGAUAUUUUAAGAAGAAAGCGAGAGGAACAAAUGCGUAGGGAGAUGGAAAGGCAUGAUCGAGAAAGAAGGAAGGAAGAGGAGAGAUUGAUGCGUGAAAAGCAACGCGAGGAAGAGAGGUUCCUUAGAGAACAAAGACGUGAAAAUGAACGGAGAGAAAAGAUUUUAAUGAAAGAGUCCUUGAGAGCCGAGAAGCUGAGGCAGAAAGAAGAAAUGCGAAGGGAGAAGGAGGCAGCAAGACUUAAGGCUGCCAAUGAGAGAGCUACCGCUCGCAGAAUUGCUAGAGAAUAUACGGAGCUUGUUGAGGAUGAACGACUAGAACUCAUGGAAUUGGCCACAUCUAGUAAAGGAUUACCAUCAAUAAUGGCUCUUGAUUUUGAUACUUUACAACGGCUUGAUGAAUUUAGAGAUAUGUUGAGUACGUUUCCUCCUUCAUCAGUUUGCUUAAAAAGACCCUUUUCUGUUAAGCCAUGGAUCAAUUCUGAAGAAAAUAUUGGGAACCUUCUCAUGGCAUGGAAGUUUCUAAUCACAUUUGGUGAUGUCCUCAAGCUCUGGCCUUUUACUCUUGAUGAGUUUGUUCAAGCUCUGCAUGAUUAUGAUUCGAGGUUACUAGGAGAAAUACAUGUUGCUCUUCUGAAAUCUAUCAUUAAAGAUAUUGAGGAUGUUGCAAGGACUCCAUCUAUGUCAUUGGGGAGCAAUCAAACUAGUGCUGCUAAUCCUGGAGGUGGUCACCCUCAUAUGGUUGAAGGGGCGUAUUCUUGGGGUUUUGAUAUUCGUCGCUGGCAGCGCCACUUGAAUUUUAUGACAUGGCCUGAAAUACUACGGCAAUUUGCUUUGUCAGCUGGAUUUGGCCCAAAAUUGAAGAAAAAGAAUGUUGAGCAUGCAUAUUUCCGUGACGAUCAUGAGGGUAAUGAUGGUGAGGAUAUAAUAACUAAUCUAAGGAAUGGUGCAGCAGCUGAAAAUGCUGUUGCUUUGAUGCAAGAAAAGGGCUUUACUCAUCCUCGGAGGUCUCGGCACCGUUUAACUCCUGGAACAGUGAAGUUUGCUGCAUUUCACGUUCUCUCUCUUGAAGGAAGCAAGGGGUUGACCAUAUUAGAAGUUGCAGACAAAAUCCAGAAAUCUGGAUUGAGGGAUCUCACAACCAGCAAGACACCAGAGGCAUCUAUUGCUGCCGCACUUUCUAGAGAUACAAAACUUUUUGAAAGAACAGCUCCUUCAACAUAUUGUGUACGGACCCCUUAUAGAAAAGACCCUGCCGAUACUGAUGUGAUACUAUCAGCUGCCCGGGAAAAAAUACAGGUUUUUCAAAACGUUCCUUCUGACUCUGAAGAAGCCGAGAAAGAUGCAGAAGAUGCUGAAAGAGAGGAUGAUUCUGAAUGUGAUGGGGAGGAUGAUGCCGAAGUUGAUGAUACAGGAACUGAAGUAGAGCCAAAUAAAAAUUUUCUACUUCCAAAUGAACAAAAAAAUGCUAAAGCAAAUCAACUAACGGAUAAGGUUAAGAGAGAGCCAUUUUGUGAUGCAGUUGAUCCACAAAGGAGGCUUAGAGAUGUUCAGAAGCAUCCUUCAGAAAAAUCAAAAGAUUUGAGUGUAUCAAGUGCUCCCAAUGGUCAGUGCCUUGAUGCUGAUUCAAACUGUCAUGAUGAAGUAAACAACCUUGAUCAAGGAGACAUGGAGGUUGAUGAAAGCAAUUGUGAGCCAUGGGUUCAAGGUUUGACAGAGGAUGAAUAUUGUGACCUUAGUGUUGAGGAGCGUCUUAAUGCUCUCGUGGCUUUGAUUGGUGUGGCUAUUGAAGGAAACUCAAUACGUGCUAUUCUCGAGGAGCGGUUGGAAGCUGCGAGUGCUCUUAAGAAGCAAAUGUGGGCAGAGGCACAGCUGGACAAGAGGCGUAUAAGGGAAGAAUUCACUGGCAGGUAUUCAUAUUCUUCUGCCAUGGGAAACAAAGCAGAGGCAUGCCAAACAAAUGCCACAAUGGAGGGGAGUCCACUUCAUGGUGUUGAUAAUAAGGGUAGUGAUGGGAAUUUAGAUAUUCUCAACAACGAUCAAUUUGUUGAUCCACAUAACCUAUGUAAUGGCAACAUGUCUGCUGAGAAGAAUUUGUUGGGGCCAGAAUUUUCGACUAAUACAGAUAUUUUGGCACCUCAGCCAUAUGGAUAUGCUGCAGAAAAGUCACGCUCACAGUUGAAGUCAUAUAUUGGUCAUAAAGCAGAAGAAAUGUAUGUAUAUAGAUCUUUGCCAUUAGGUCAAGACCGUAGACGCAAUAGGUACUGGCUAUUUUCGACCUCUGUUUCUCGAAAUGAUCCAGGUUCGGGAAGGAUCUUUUAUGAAUCUAGAGAUGGCUUUUGGAAGCUUAUUGAUUCGGAAGAGGCAUUUGAUGCUCUCUUAGCAUCAUUAGAUAUUCGUGGGCUAAGGGAGUCACAUUUACAUUCAAUGCUGCAAAAAAUUGAGAAAGCAUUUAAAGAAACAAUACAAAGGAGAAAAGAUUGUGUUGAUUCUGUGAAACCAAUUGGAAGUCUUGGCAAGGCAGGAGCAGCUGAAGUGUCUUCCAGGUCUGAUUGUGGCAGGGAACUUGGCAGUCCAAGCAGUAUGCUUUCUGGUCUAAAUGCAGAUCCAUUGGAGUACUCAUCAUCUUUUAGAUUUGACCUUGGCCGAGAUGAGGAUGAGAGAAAUGCAGCUCUAAGGAGAUACCAAGGCUUCCUUAGGUGGAUGUGGCAAGAAAGUUAUAAUCCUUCUAUAUUAUAUGCCAUGAAGUAUGGAAAGAAAAGAUGCUCUGAACUUCUGCAAACCUGCCAAUCAUGCUACCAAUCUUACUUUGCUGAGGAAAGGCAUUGCUCUUCUUGCCACAAGACAUUCAAGAUAUUACAUAAUGCUGAUUCAAACUUUUCUGAACAUGUGGUUCUAUGUGAAGAGAAGAGGAUGAAGGAUCCAGAUUGGAAAUUUGUUCUCUCAGAUUCUACCCCCAUCAGGAUCCGCCUUUUGAAGGCACAGCUAUCACUGAUUGAGGUUUCAAUUCCUGCAGAAGCUCUUCAGCCAUUUUGGACAGAGGGCUACCGAAAAUCCUGGGGAGUGAAGCUGCAUUCGUCCUCAUCUGCAGAGGAGCUUUUCCAGGUUCUGACUCUUCUAGAGGCUGCCAUAAUACAUGAUUGCCUAUCCUCGAGUUUCGAAACAACAAAAGAGCUGUUAAGUGGUGUGGCUAGCCUUGCAGCUAAAAAUUCUGCUUCUCUCUCUGCGCCAGCUCCUGUAUUGCCAUGGGUGCCAGAUACUACAGCUGCUGUGGCUUUAAGACUUCUGGAUCUUGAUGCAUCUGUUGCUUACAUGGUUGAGCAGAAGUUAGGUUUCCAUAAGGACAAAGAAGCUGCUGAGUUAAUUCUUCCGUCGAGGUAUAAUGUUGCCAAAAACACACAAGAGCUUGAUCCCAGAUGUCCUCAGGACCUAAUUGACUACCAGGAAGAAGCUAUGUGGCUUGAUAAUGUGAAUGGAAGGAGGGGUCGUGGAAGAGGGAUUCGCGGCAGUAGGCCUACAGCUCGAGGCCGUGGCCGAGGCAGGGGACCAAGGGGAAUUGGUUCUUCUACCAGAAUGGAGUUCAAGGUGCGUGGAACUCUUGGUACUUAUGUGAGAACUGCACGGAAGUAUACAAGAAGAGGUGGGAAGGUACGUGGUGCCCGUGGACGUCAACGUGGGCGACGCACUCCUAGGCCCCGCCAAAGACCAGAGGGUAGGGCUCCUGUUGUGAAGGUAACAUUAUCCGACCAUUUCAACACCGGAACAAGCAGUAUCAAGCGUGACAAGAUUGUAGAACCACCGGUGAGUAUGGGCAGAGCACGGUGGGGACUUGGAGGGGGCAAGAGAGGUAGUUACCUCGCAGAAGCUGAAGAUAACAGCAUAGGGUCAGAAUCAGAAGAUCAAGCCCAACCUUCAGAGGAUGAAUAUGAUGACCAGGCAAUGGAUUUCACUCGAGAAUACAAUCACAACGAACCAACCGGCUUAAUGGAUGAUGACAGUGAAGAAGAUGAAGAUGGUGAAGGAGACGGUGAGGAAGAGGCAGAGGAUGAGGAUGAUGGUGUUCAAGAAGGGCAAGAUGAGAUAGAUGAGGUGGAGGAUGAGGAGAUGGGAGAUGAAUAUGGAGAUGAAGUUGGAGAUGAUGAUGUGAAUGGUGAAGAAGAAGAAGAUGAUGAUGAAGCACCGUUAUCCUUCUCGUCAGAUUACAGUAGUUCAUAAAUUGCACACUAUCAGUUUAUUAUCCUGAAAGACAAAGAAAAAAAAAAAGCAAGCGAAGAGUAGGAACACUUAAGUGAUUCUGCCUGCAUGGAGAUAAGGGGCUGGUUCUCUUUGGUUCCAUGUUCUAAGUUUAUAUUCUUUUCAUGUAUAUGCAACGGCUAUUGGUUUAUUUGAGAUACAAGAAAAUGUGGGCUAAUUGUAUUGCCAUAUCAAUAGAAAGAAAAAUUGUACUUUUUUUA